AUGCUGGCAGUUUAUUUUCGACGACGAAGAGUUUCUGGCACGAUCGCCUUCUUUCAUCCCUAUUGCAAUGCGGGUGGCGGUGGAGAACGUGUGCUUUGGUGUGCGAUCAAGGCUAUGCAACAAAGAAAUGCAAGCAGUAAACAAAACGCGGCACUCAAAUUUCGAAUUUAUUCUGGGGAUGUUGAUGCAACGAAAGAACAAAUUUUGUUAAAGGCAAGACAGCGAUUUAACAUUGAAAUAGACCCAAAAGACGUCGAUUUUGUCUUUUUGAGAUUGCGUCGUCUUGUUGAAGCGGAUCUUUACCCUGUUUUCACUUUGCUAUUUCAAAUAUUCGCAGGAGGAAUUCUUGCGUUCGAGGCUUUGUGCCGAUUAAAUCCGGAAGUGAUGAUAGAUUCAAUGGGAUACCCACUAAGUCUUCCAGUGUUUCGCUUUUUUGGUGGUGCCAAAGUGGCUGCUUAUGUGCACUACCCGGUGAUAUCAAGUGAUAUGAUCAAAGUUGUUGCUGAAAGGAGAGCUGCUUUUAACAAUGCUGAUCUGGUGGCAAAGAAUCCCCUGUUAGCGUCGGUAAAGCUUCGCUAUUAUCAGCUUCUUGCAUAUUUAUAUGGCUUAAUCGGCAGCACAGCUGAUGUUGUGAUGGCAAAUGGAACAUGGACCGCUGACCAUAUAAGUCAAAUUUGGAAGCGCAAAGACAUUGAGAUUGUUUUUCCGCCGUGCGAUGUCGAGUCCCUGUUAUCGAUUGAAUCAACAGCUGAGGAGAGACUCGAAAACGAUUCGGAAGUUCAAGUUUUAUCGAUUGGCCAAAUUCGUCCAGAAAAGAAUCAUGCCCUGCAAAUUGAAAUCAUUAAAUUGCUAGACGACCGCCUCAAAGAGACUGGUUUCGCAAUAAAGGCAAAGUUGAGAAUAGUAGGAGGAUGUAGACAUGCCGAAGAUUUACAACGAGUUGAACAAUUAAAAGCUUAUGCACAGAAAAUCGGUGCUACAAAAUUGGUAAAUUGGAGUCUAAAUGUGCCAUAUGAUGUGUUGUUAGAAAAUCUAAGCUCUUCUCUGAUCUCCAUUCAUACAAUGUGGAAUGAACAUUUUGGCAUUUCUGUAGUAGAGGGAGUGGCGGCUGGAACGAUCAUGGUUGCUCAUAAUUCUGGUGGCCCACUGAUGGACAUUGUUGUACCAGCUACAGGGAACAAUCGAGUGGGAUAUCUUGCUGCAACCGCUCAAGAAUAUGCUGAUCAAAUUUUGGAAAUCAUAAAACUUUCCAAAGAAGAAAGGUCUGCAAUUCGAGAACGGGCCAGAACAAAGUCGAAGGACUUCAACGAGGAGUUGUUUGCGCAAAAGUGGCUACAAUUGGUACUACUGAAGUUCGGGGGACCACAUCAGCUCAAAGUGUUAAAUUUUGAAAUUAGCAGCUUUGCGAUGUCACCUGUUUACGAUUCGGGUGUUCAG